CAAGGAAAUACAAAUUGAAUUUAAUCAGAAUUUAUGCUUCUCAGUGCCUGAUUUAUCUCUUCAGGAGGGUGAUAUUAUUUUUGCUUGCUUGUUUUUACAUCCUCUCUCCUAAAGCAGGGUAUCAUGAUAUAAGCUUAGUGAACAGACAAUUAACGUUGCAUUUUUCAGGAGCUCCAGAUUGUGAGGCCACGCUAACCUUCAAAUAUAACAGAGGCAAGAGGAUUUUGACCAGUGCUGUCCAAAUUCCAAAUUUUGAUGUUGAUUUUGGUACCAACUUCAGAGUCAAUGAUGAAUCCACUCUAGAGACGAAGGCAUAUACUUUUAUCUUGGACCUCAACAACAAAAAGAUUCCUGAAGUUACUCUUACUGGUCGUGUAAGGUAUGAUGGGAAGGAAGAUGCAAUGCUAGGAGGUGACAUUUCCAUUCCUCGCCUGCAAACUCAGCUUACAACGGAGACGUUGCUUCAUUUUUCAGCUAACGGAGCAUCUCUUCAGAUCAACUCAGCUGCAACAGCUCAUGGGAACUCCAUUUCAGAAAGCAUUGUUUUCAAAUACAAUUCUGAGAAAGUUGAACUGGAGUGGCAUAUCGACACGAAUGCUGCAGUGAAACAGAUGUCUUCCAGCUUCCCUGUUGACUUGACAGAAUAUCCAAAGACUUUACAGAAGCACGCCAAUGAGCUGCUGGACCGGAAAGUGGCUCAAACAGACAUGACGCUAAGACACAUUGUCUCCCAAUUCGUUGUGGCAACAAAUACCUGGCUGCAGAAGGCGUCCAGAGAUGUUCCUUAUGCUCAGACUCUAAAGAAUAAACUCAGUGGACUUCAGGAGCUUAACUUUCAGAAAAUGGGCCUCCCAGUUAUCACCAUUCCAGAGGAACUCUUCCUGAAAAGUGAUGGCCGGAUCAAAUAUAUUUGGAACAAGGACAGUAUUAUAAUUAACAUUCCAUUGCCUUUUGGUGGAAGAUCAUCACAUGACAUAAAGAUACCAAAGAGUGUAAAAACACCUCCAUUGGUAAUGCAAUCAGUGGGACUAAAUGUACCAUCCAAGGAGUACAGAAUUCCACCAUUUACCAUUCCAGAGUCCUACCCACUUCGUGUGCCUCUCCUUGGCACUUUAGAUAUCUCCACAAACCUAUACAGCAAUUAUUACAACUGGUCUGCAGCUUACAAACUGGCAAACACAACAAAGACUAUACCAAGCAUGAAAACAAAUUACCACAUGACUGCUGAUUCUGUUUUUGAGCUACUUUCAUUCAAUGUGCAGGGUAAUGGAGAAAUAUCAUCUGAUAACCAUAUGUUCACCUACACGCAUGAAAAUUCCCUGGAACACAUACUCCUAAGCUCCAAAUUUAAAUUCUCCAAGACAAAGAAGUAUGAACCUACAUUCAGUUCAAAAGACACCGUUUCACUUCAGGCAUCUAGCACUCUGGGUGCUCAGCUCUCCUUCGUUAGUGAUAUGGAUUUCAAACAAGACAGUAGCGUGGGAACCAGCAACAUGAAAAUGGAAGGGCAGGUGCAAAUCGCUUCAGUCUUUGCAAGAAGCACUUACACUCUCACAAGUACUUACAAUGAAAACAGCCACGAGCUAGCAGGCGAAUCAAAUCUGAACCUGGACUCUUCUUAUCUUCAAGCUUCUAACCAGAUGACUGGCAGAUAUAGCAACGAUGUGUUUUUAAUUAAUUCAGUCACUGAUGUACAGAGCGGCAUCUUUAGAAACACAGCCUCACUGAAGUAUGAAAAGAGCCACCUGAAAGUGAUCUCUGAAACAAAUGGAAGAUACCAAAACCUGGCAGGUCUCAACAAAUUUGAAUUAACUUUGGCAAAGCGGGGGGCUGCGCUUCGUAGUGAGUUCCAAACCACCUACAGACAAAAUCGAUAUUACACCCUGCUUACAAGUUCUCUCGAUUCCCAGGGUUUUGUCUUCAACACUGAUGUCUCUGUGAACGAUCAGAGAAACCGAGCAGCCCACAAGUCCAGCUUAACUAUUAAUCAGGAUGGUUUGGCCAGCAGUGCAACCACAAACUUGCAGUUUAGUCCACUGAUGCUACAGAAUGAAAUGAAUGCUAGGCUGGGUACUUCUGGAGGCUCCCUGAUGGUUUCUUCUUCUGGACGGUAUGGUAAACACAAUGGAAAAUUCAGCAUAGAUGGAAGAGUGGCCCUAAUGGAAAUAGCAUUGGGAAGCAUGUACCAGAGCACAGUCCUGGGUGUGGAUAGCAAAAACAUCUUCAACUUUAGAGUUAAUAGAGAAGGACUCAAGUUCUCCAAUAACUUAUUAGGAUCCUACAAGGAAAUGAAGCUUGAGCAUGUUAAUGAGCUGAACAUUCCUGGCUUCUCUUUAGCAUUUGUUUCAAAAUUAGACAACACUGUUGGCAUUGACAAGUCCCACAAGCAUUCUUUUGACCUGCAACUGCAGCCCAGAUCACUCACAGCUAAACUGAGCAAUGAUAUAAAAUUCAAUGAAUUUGACAUUACCAACAAAGCGGAGCUACGACUCGAGCCACUGAAGCUGAACCUGGGUGGCAAUGUGAGAGGAGCUUACAGAACCAAUGAAGUAAAGCAUACAUACACCAUUACUUAUGCUGAUCUGGCAGCCGGUUUGAAAACGGACACGCUUGCAAAAGUUCAAGGCACAGCACUGAGCCACAGGGUAAACCUGGAGAUCGCUGGACUUGCAUCCUCCAUUACUAUGAACACAAACUGCGAUUCCAAACACCUACAUUUCACCAAUGUGGUACGGUCCAUAAUGGCCCCAUUUACUGUUACAACCGAUAUACACACCACUGGUGACGGGAGUCUGAUUGCUAUGGGAGAACACACUGGACAGCUAUACAGCAAAUUUCUGUUUAAAGCAGAGCCCCUGGCUUUCACAAUGUCCCAUGAUUACAGAGGAUCCACUGGCCACACCCUGAAGUCUGGAAAAAAAUACACUACUCUACUUGAUAACAAAAUCGGUCUGCUUUUUACUCCAUCAGAGCAGUCAAGUACUUGGAAGUUGAAAAGUCAACUGAACAAUAAUGUGUACGUACAGGAGCUCAGUGCUUACAAUGAUGCAGAAACAACUGGCAUGGAAAUGAGUGGGAAAGCGUUAGCAGACCUCACUAUAAUGGACUCCCCAGUUCAAGUUCCAUUCGUGUCUGAAAGAAUUAAUCUAAUCGAUAUGUUAGGCCUGAGGGACAGUGUUGAAGAGCCUCAGGAAUUCAGUAUCUCUGGGUCUGUGAAAUAUGACAAGAACAAAGAUAUGCAUUUUAUUAACCUGCCAUUCCUGGAUCGCCUGCCAGUGUAUUUUGAACAAAUCAAAGGUGCAGUUAUAUCGACCCUGCGGUCUAUGCAAAAAUACUUAAGAAGCAUAAAUGUAGAUCAGCAAAUGAGAAAAUACAGGGCAUCUCUGGAUAAGCUCCCACACCGGGUUAAUGACUACAUAAACAAAAUAGAUUUAAAAAGCAGGGUUAACCGUAUGAAACAGAAUUUGGUUGCAUUCACAAAGGAUUAUAGUAUAACAGCUGAUGACCUGCAAACUACAUUGGAAAAUGUCAUAACCCAUUUUCAGGAUGCAGUGCUUCAGCUUCAGGCUUACUUGAUACAAAUUGAGCAGUACAUCAGAGAGAAUUAUGAUCAAUAUGACCUUCAAACAGCUAUUGCAAAGUUGAUUGACCAAAUAGUUGAAAGAAUUAAAAUUCUAGAUCAGCAGUACAAAAUCACUGUCACCGUGAUUAACACUCUCCAGACCCUACAGACCACCAUUGCUCAGUAUGACCUUAGCACAUUAGGAAGCAGCACUUCAGCUUGGAUUCAAAAUGUGGAUGAUCUUUACAAAAUCAGAGUUCGGAUUCAGGAAAAACUAGAGCAACUCAAGAUUCAGAUUCAGAAUAUUGAUGCUGGAUGGAUUGCAGAAAACUUGAAACAGCAGAUACAGGCCAUUAACAUGAAAGAGGUUUUGGAAAAAAUAAAGGGUUCAUUUCCAGUUAAAAAGAUGAAUGAAAUUAUUGAGCAAAUUAAAGAGAUUCUCCUCAAUUUCAUGGAGGAUUAUGAAGUGACUGAAAAGAUCAAUGCUUUCCGGGGGAAAGUGCACGAACUGAUUGUGAAGUAUAAAAUUGACAAGCAGGCAUACCUGUUAAUGGAUGGGUUGAUAGAAAUGUCUAAUCAGUACAAAGUGAAAGAAUUUGUCCAGAAACUAACCAUCUCUCUGAAAAAAAUAGAUAUAAAAUCACUCUUUGAUAAAAUUGUAUCUUUGAUUGAUGAUGCUGUCAAGCAAGUUCAAAUGCUUGAUUAUAAAAAGUGGGUAGAUGAAAUCAACAAGUUCCUUGAUAUGGUUAUCAAAAAGCUCGUCUCUUUUGACUAUAACCAAUUUGUAGACGACACAAACAACAAAAUCCGAGACGUGACCCAGAAAAUCAAUGAUGAACUCAGAGCUCUAGAGCUUCCACAGAAAGUAGAAGCAGCGAAGCAGUAUAUAAAAGAAGUCAAUGUUGUGGUUUCACAAUUCAUAACACAGUUAAAGGACACCAACCUUGCAGUAAUAAUCACCUGGUUCAGAGACCUGCUAAACUCAACAGCAUUUAUGAGUCUGAAAGCCAAGAUAAAUGAACAUCUGGAAGACCUGCGAGAGAGGAUUUAUGAAAUGGACAUUACUAAGGAAUGCCAGAGGUAUCUUGAGAUGGCAAGCCAAUUCUACUAUACCGUUGUCACAUACAUUUCUGACCAAUGGAACAUUGCUGCUGAGAAAAUUGCUUUUUUGGCUGAGCAAUAUAACGUGAAACACUGGGCUGAAAAUGUGAACCAGUUAAUUGAAACAGGUUUUAGAGUUCCUGAAAUCAAAACUGGCUUCAUCAACUUACCCUCCUUUGAAGUUAGUCUUCGAGCUCUACGGGAAGCAACUUUUCAAACACCAGACUUUGUAGUUCCAUUGACUGACCUGCGUAUCUCCUCGUAUCAGAUAAACAUCAAGAAAUUAAAAGACUUAAAAAUCCCCAUGAGAUUUACCACACCGGAAUUCACUAUUCUAAAUACUUUUAAGGUUCCUUCAUAUACAAUUGACUUGAUUGAGAUCAAGCUACAGAUUGUGAAAACAAUAGACCAAAUGAUGGCUGGUGAAUUGUAUUUGCCAACACCUGUGUACUUCAGAGAUCUAAAAAUGAGAGAUAUUACUUUUUCUGGCAUUUCCUUCCCGGAAAUACAAAUUCCUGAGCUACAGAUACCUGAAAUGUCAAUCCCGAAACUAAAUCUAAAUGAUUUCCAGAUUCCUAGUGUUCAGAUACCAGAAUUUCAGCUGCCGCGUAUUCCACACACAAUGGCCAUCCCCGCAUUUGGCAAGCUGUCCAGUGCUUUCAGAAUAGCCUCUCCAUUCUUCACUCUCUCUACUCAAGCUGGUGUUCAGAACACUACAGCAUCUGCAAAAAGUCCAGAAUUUGUGGCCAGUGUUUCAGCUCAAGCAACGUCCAAGCUAGAUUUCUUUGCUUUCACGAUGAAUGCAGACGCACGUCUUUCAGCCCCAGAAAUGCAGCAGCUAAACCUUAAAGAAACCAUGAAGUUCACUCAUAGAUUCCUUAAAGCUGAUCACAAAGGUGAACUGGUAUUUUUAGGGACUUCUGUGGAGGGGAAAGCUGAAACCACAGCAAACAUACGGACUGCCAAGAAUUCAAUCGAAGUUCAUAAUAACUUAAUGGUCCAACUACAGAAAAAGGUUUCAAUGCAGAGCAGGACAACCUAUUCACACAGACUGAAUAUCCCACAGGCUGAUCUCUCCAGUCAGGCUGAGCUGAGCAAUGACAUGACAACAGAGUUAGAAGCAGGACAUAUAUUAUUUACGUCUAAUGGAAGAGGAAACUGGAAGUGGAGUCUCUCUGAUUUCUCCGAUGAAGGCACCCAUGAAUCACAUGCCACUUUUAAAGUUGAGGGACCCCUUAUAGUAUUUGCUGCUGAAAACAAGAUAAAUGAUAAAUACUUGAAAGUCAACCAAAUUGUGAAUUGUGAAUGUGGUUUCCUAAAUUAUGCAAAGCUUCAAAUUAAAUCUGAGAUUGAGUCGCAGCACGUAGGGCGUAGUAUUCUGAACGUACAAGGUAAAGGGCAUCUUGGAGAAAUGAAAGUAGAACUAACAGGAUCUCAUAAUGCUCAGCUCAAUGGACAAAUUACUGGAGUCAUAAAUAACAAUAUUGCCUUCUUAGUCCAGCCUUUUGAAAUCCACACAUCAACAAACAAUGAGGUGAAUGUGAAAGUUAGUUUCCCAAUGAAACUAAUUGGCAAAAUUGAAUAUCUGUAUAAUUAUGGUCUGGUGCUUAGUUCGUCAGUUCAGCAAAUCAGCUGGCAAGCUGGUGGCAGGUUCAAUCAGUAUCGAUAUUUCCAUAAUGUGUCUGCUGGAAACGAUGAAGACAAAACUGAAGCAUAUGUAGGAGUGAACGGUGAUGCCAACCUGGACUUCCUACUUAUUCCUCUAACAGUUCCUCAAUUUGAUAUUCCCCAUACUGGAAUGAAAACACCUCAACUGAAAGAAUAUUCACUGUGGGAACAAACAGGACUGAAGAAUUUCUUGAAGACUACAAGGCAAUCAUUUGAUUUAAAUUUCAAAGUCCAGUAUAAGAAAAACAAAGACAUGCACUCAAUCCCGCUUCCCCUAGAAGCAGUAUAUGAAAGAAUUAAUAAGCACAUCAUCUCCUUCAAUAAGCAUUUUGAGAAAGGAAGAGACAAUGUAUUAGAUUUUCUCACCAGGUCAUAUAAUGAAGCCAAAGCAAAGCUUGACAAAUAUAAAGUCGAGCCUUCACUCAGCAAGCUACGACGCACCUUCAAGAUUCCAGGAUAUACCAUUCCCAUUGUGAAUAUUGAGGUCUCACCCUUUACAGCUGAGCUGCCAGCAUUUGGUUUUUUGAUCCCCAAAGAAAUAAGCACAACAGGCUUCACAAUCCCACUCAUUGGCUUUUCAGUACCGUCUUAUACUCUAGUCUUGCCCUCUCUGGAACUGCCAGUGCUUCACGUCCCACAAGACCUGCGCACACUUAAGCUUCCAAACUUUAGAAUGACCAAUCCAAUAGAUCAUAUCCUGAUUCCGGCUUUGGGAAACAUGACGUGCGACUUUUCAUUUAAAUCCAGUGUGAUCACUCUGAAUUCAAAUGCUGGGUUGUUCAACCAAUCAGAUAUUGUUGCUCACUUCAGCGCCACCUCUCUUUCUGUCAUUGAGGCAUUGCAGUUUAAAGUAGAUGGUACAUCCAGCUUGACAAGGAAAAGAGGUUUGAAGCUGGCCUCAGCCCUGUCCCUGAGUAAUAAUAAAUUUGUGGAAGGAAACCAUGACAGCACUGUUAGUCUUUCAAAAAAGAGCGUGGAAGCUUCACUGACGACAAAUGCAAAGAUCAACACACCGGUUCUCAAGAUGAAUUUCAGGCAAGAACUUACAGGAAAUACUAAGUCCAAACCCACUGUUUCCACAGUGAAUCAUUUAGGUUAUGCCUUUGAUAUCGUUGAAUACGUUGGCAAAGCUAAGGGUACAAUUGAUCACAAGUUCACUCUGGAAAGCCUUACAUCUUACAUUUCUCUAGAAACAGCCACAAAAGGAAACAUCGAUGGAUUAUUCUACCCCCUAACUCCAUUUUCUGGAACAUUAAUCCAUGAAGCAAAUACCUACCUGAAUGCUAAUGGAGCUCGUUCCUCAGUCAAGCUUGAGACUAACUCUCAAGUAGAUGGAAUUGGGAAUGUGAACAUGAAAGAAAAUCUUGCUGUGGAAGUGUCUUCCCGUCGGAUUUACGCAGUUUGGGACCAUAAUGGGGAAAACCAUGUACGAUUUACCUCUGCUUUUUCAACCACCGGGACUCAGAACAGCAAAAUAACCCUUGAAAUGUCUCCUUGGAGUAUGUCAGCAGCUCUUCAGAUACAAGCUACCCAACCAAAUUCCUUUGUGGAAACAGCUUUAGUUAAUCAUGUUGUUUUAAUGAACCUCAAUACUGAAAAUCAGAAGCUCAGCUGGAAGGGUGAAGGCCAAAUUCAGUCAUUAUAUCUCAGCCACAAUACGCAGCUAUCAAAUGAAAACUCAAAGGCACAAUUUGAUAUUUCUGGAUCAUUGGAAGGACAUGUAGAUUUCCUUAAGAACAUUGUAUGUCCAAUUUCUAACAGGAACCUGUGGGAUAUCUUAAAAUUGGACCUCACCACCAGCGCGGACAAAAGGCAGUACUUACAUGGUUCAGUAUCCAUAGUUUAUACAAAGAGUCAAGAUGGUUACAGCUUCCCUAUAUAUGUGAAUAAAUUAGCAGAUGGCUUCACAUUCAGUAUUCCUGAAAUACAUCUGGAAGCUCCAGGUCCUAUCCUCACAACUCCAGGAUUUAAAGUUCCUUUCACAACUCUCCAAGUUCCAUCAUAUACCUUUGACUUACGCAACAUAAAAAUUCCACAGAAGCUAACCACAAUGCCAUUUAACAUUAGUUUGCCCUCUCUCCCAUGGAUGAGCUUUCCAAAAGUAGAUAUAGGAACCAAUUAUAUUACACUGGAAGAAUAUAAAAUUCCAUACUUCGAGGUGACAGUACCUGAGUACCAAAUAACUAUGUCUCAGUUCACUCUUCCAAAAACAUUCUCGCUUGGAAACCAAAUUGUGGAUCUGAAUGAAGUGGCCAAUAAGAUUGCAAACUUUGAUCUCCCAACAAUUACAAUUCCUGAGCAGAAAAUUCAGAUUCCACCUUUAAAAAUAUCCUUGCCUGCUGGAAUUUAUAUCCCUGCAUUUGGUGCUUUGACUGGAUCUUUCGGAGUUGCCUCACCUUUAUACAAUGUCACCUGGAAAACAGGCCUAAAAAAUAAUAAGGACUCAUUUGAAUAUUCCCUUGAUUCCACUUCGAGUUCAACACUACAGUUCCUAGAAUACGAUCUUGAUGCUGUGUCAACCUACAGAUAUGAAGGUGAAGUGUUUGCUGUAAAGACAGUAAGCAGCUUUUCACAUCCUGACUUGAGUGCUGAAUAUAAGGGAGAUUUUACUAUGCAAGGAAUUAGAGUCCCGGACCACUCUGCAGUACUGAACAUCACCAGCCCAACCUUUAUCAAUGUUCAAAUACGGUAUAAUGGAACUAAAAAUAAGAUCUCUUCAUUGAUAUCUUCACCCUCUGCUGGCACCCUGGGUUCACUUUUUGAGAUGGAUGAUAAUCUCCUCAAGCAGAAAUUGUACUACCGGAGUCAGUCUGCCCCUCAUAGAGAUAUUGACAUACUAAAAGGUGAGAUAUCAUUCAAGAAACGUGACCUGAUUCAGAUUAAAAUAAAUUGGAAAGAGGAUGCAGCUCCAAACAUGCUGAGGGGUCUAAAAGAAAAGAUCCCUAAAAUUACAGAUGCAGUCUAUAACUGUGUUAACAAAUACCACAAGGAGCACACGGGGAUGGACAUUAGUGCUGCCACUUCAAAGGCGAAGAUCCUAAUGCAAAAGAAUGCUGACAAAGCGUACCAAGUUGCUGUAAAGCAAGUAGAUGAAAUAGAUCUUCAGCUUCGCACAGCAGCCAGCCAGGCCACUGGAAAAUACCAAGAGAUGAAGGCAAAAACCCAACAGUUAUAUCAGAAAGCAGCAGAUCAAGCUGCUCAGAUUGACUACCAACAAAUAAGCGCAAAGAUUUUUGGUAUAACCAUAGACAUAAUAAAAGAGUACCACAUCAAGGUAAAGCACCUGAUUGACUCAUUCAUUGAAUUCCUGAAGACCACCAAAUUCCAGGUCCCUGGACUGACUGAAAAACAUACAGGUGAAGAAUUAUAUGCAAUGUCUACAGAGAAGGCAGCAAAAGCUAUUGAUCAAUGCAUUUUAAAACUGGAAGAAUAUUUUGAUGCUUUGAUUGUAUUGAUCAGUGAGCUGGAAGUUAAAGUUCCUGUUUCUGAAAGAGUGAUCAAAGGUCGUGAUGUGCUGGAAAAAAUUAAGGAAAUGCUUAAAGAUUUGCAGAACCAAGUUAGACAGGUAUUUACUAGUCUUAAAGGGGCUGACUUUGCAGAAAAGCUUGAGAAACUUAAACAGUUUGUGCAAGAUGUUUUCCAGAAAGUGGAAGAAGUUAUUAGAAACCUACAGUCCAAAAACUUUGAAGAUAUCAAAAUCCAAACUCAACAGUUGUACAAGGAUGCUAUCAACUCAAACUAUGCAAAAAAAUUAAAAUCCCUAGCGGGGGAUUUCAAAACAUGCCUCUACCAGGUAAAGAAUUUUAACCAAAAGGUGUUCCAGGAGCUUUCAGAGAAGCUGCAUCAGAUACUUACCUACAUGAAGGCACUGAGGGAGGAAUAUUUUGAUCCAAGUAUAAUAGGAUGGUCAGUCAAAUACUAUGAAGUAGAAGAGAAGGUGAUAGAGUGGCUGAAGAGUCUGAUAGAUACACUGACGGACUGGCAUGGCAAGUUCAUUGAAGAUGUUGCUGACAUGGCUGCACAGCUGAUUGAUCAAGGAAAAGAUUUAGGUGAAAAGCAUGGCCGGGUGUAUUAUGACCUGCUUACAGAUACUGAUGGAAAGGGAAAAGAGAAAAUCAGAGAGCUCUCUUCUGCUGCUCAGGAAAAGAUACGACAUUGGUCUGCAGCUGUUAAAAAGGGUGCUGCUGAACAACACAAGCAAGUCAAAGCAAAACUGCUGGGCGCCUAUGACCAACUUCUCCUAUCCUGUGAAUGGCUAAUUACAGAGACAAGAAAACUAAUUGAUGUGGCUAUUGAAAGUUAUUCCACAGUCAUUCGGUACAUCACAGAGCUUCUCUAUAAGUUGGAAAAAUCAACUGCAGAAAGCAUCAAGGCCUACAUAGCCAUUCGUCCAGGAGAGCUUAGAAUAGAUUUACCCAAACCAUUUAACUGGCAAUCAGUGUCUAAAUUUGCCCAAUUAAGUGAGGAGGCACUGAGGAAAAAAAUGGAACUAACACGUACAUUAAUGCAGCAAGGCAUUGAACAAGGCUCUAAGAAAUGGGAAGAACUGCAAAUAUUCAUUGACCAACAGCUUGCUGUUGACCAACUGAGUGUUCAGCAGAUAAUAGAAAACCUACAGAAGCGCAUAAAAACCUGAAUGGACAUGCAGAAGAACAAAAAUAACAAGUUUGUGUCACAAUGUAUUUAAAAUGACAGUAAUUAGCAUAUUGUCAGAUACUGUCUGAAUUUGAAUUUGUAAAUGAAAAACAAAUAAUCUAGAGCAGGUUAUUUUAAUACAUUUAGAAAGACAAUAAAUGAAUUCUUUAUUACAUUUUUGUGUCAUUCAUUCCAGCCUUGGGUCAUAUAACCUGAUCCAACCACCAUUAUGGUCAAAGGAAGACUUUGCCUUGAUUUCAGUAUGUGUUGGACCAAGUCAAGAUUGUGCAAUACAUUUUGUAAAUAGUCAUGAAAGCUAUGGAAUACAUAGAACAAGUAGGGUUCAAGAUAAAGGUCACAUUCAUGAGCCACUUAAAAAUAACUUGGAAAUAUUAAUAUUUCCUAGUAUAGGAGUUAACAGCAAAAGUACUCUCCUCACUAUGCCAAGGGAAAAAGAGAGAAGAAUAUGUGCACUGCAAAGAAACCAAAGAAGAAUAUAACUGAAUUCUACAAAUAUGGUCGAGAAGGAAAAAAAUAAUUCCAUUGUCAGGAGAGUCAAAUAGUAUUACUCAGCAAAUUGCAAAUAAUAAUAAUGUUCUAUUAAACGCAAAUGAUAAUGCAUGUAUUUGUCAGUAUUAUUGAGAAAAAAUAUGCCAUAAAUGUUAGGAAAAAUAAUUUUGUUCUGGGCUAAUUUUGUAACCCAGAAAUGUGGGGACAGGGGGAUAGGUUUGCUUGGGUUUUUUUCACCUCCACAGAAGUUCAGGUUUCACAUCAAAUUGUAUGACUGUGAUUAUUUUAAUUUCACAAGUUUCAUUGACAUUGAUCUCCAUCGGAGUCAAAGAGAGUUUUCCAUUGUCUCCAGUAGGCUUUGGAUUGGGCCUUGUAUGAGAGAAAUUCCAAAGUUUGAAAUUUAAAUAAAAAAUGUUGAAGGCUUCACUCAAAAAUAGGACCAUUCCCAAAUGGAAAAUGUGUGGGUCUAGUAACUUAUUUAGGUUUACAUGCAGCUGUUAGAAUGUUAUGUUGAUACUCCUUAAAAAAGGUCCAAGAGAGGCUGAAAUAAUGGGCUUUCUACUCUUUGUUGCCUCUUUGAGAAUAAACUCUUUACGAAAUGUCACUA